AUGGCCGGCCCGGGCGAGGCGAGGCCGCUCCGCGCCGCACCGGCAUCACCCGCUGAGCUGCCCGCCUUCUCCCGACGGCGGCGGCGGCGGCGGCGUCAGCGAAAGCAGUGGCAGCGUCGCCCUCGCCCCGUCCUCCUCCUCCUCCUCCGUUCGGCGCUCCGCCCGUCACCGCUUGGCCCUCCUCAUGCUCAGCCCCGUCGGGCCGGCCUGGCUGCUCGCUGGCUCCCGAUGGCCUCUCUCGCGCUCCGCCCGCCCGCCCGCGCGCCUGCCUCACUCGGCUUUCCUCUUGCGCUUCUGGGGGGCCACGUCCUGGCCGCUCCGGAGCUGCAUCCUGGCGCGGAAGCUCUGCGCGUCGCCGUCCAUCCCCCGCCCCGCUCCUGCCUUCAAGCUGUCGCCAUCUUCAGCUGUGCAGAGAACACCUUGAGAAAUCGAUCCGCGAGGGGAGGGGGCUGCUGCGCGGGGGGGAGGGGAGGGGGAGGCGCGUGCGCGCUCCUCCCGCGCCCCAGCAGGCAGCAGCAGCACUUCCUGCCCGUGGCCAGUCAGCGGCCUCCGCGCUCGCCUCUUCCUCCUGCUCCUCCCCGCUGCGCCCUCCUCCUCCUCCGCCUGCGCCCCGACGCCACCGGCUGCCUGAGUCAGGCCCGCCCGAGAAGCGUGGCUCUAAGUCGUCGCCGCGCCCGCGCCCUUCGGGGCCCCAGAAGAGAGGGCCGGGGAAGAAGGGGCAGCAGAGGCCCGCUGCGGGUGGGGGCGGCGGACGCCCCAGUCUUUCCGCCUCUCUCGCCCCACGCCGCGCUGGCACUCGGCGGAGCUCGAGGAGGUAGGGGGCUCCGAGAAGGGGCGGGCGGCGGCGUGGGCUGUCGAAGGGGCGCCGGGGCUCUGCCCGUUGCCGUGGUGCUGAAGGACAGCUCCGGGCGGGCGCUUGGCCGGAACCCGCUGGUGGCGGGAGGGCAGUCGGAGCUGCUCUGCAGAGAACGGGCGCGGGCUGCUCUCGGACCGCUGCUCCUAAACCCGCCAAGCCCCGGAGGAGCCGAGCAGAGCCGCGUCGGUUCCCGGUUGCCAGCCGGGGUGGACUCCGAGCCUGGAAGCGCCUCUCCGAUGGCUCCUGAGGCGGCUCAUCCCAGGCCUGGUGGUCCCCCGCGCACCUCCAGCGACUGCCGCUCUUCAGCCGCGGCGCGCUCUGGUUUGGCUGCGGAAGGUGCCGCCGAGUCCGGUCCCCGCCAAGGGCCCGCUUGCUGCGAAGCGACGGCUUCUGCCUCGGACCCUGCCUGGACAGCGGCUGCCCCUCGGAGGAAGCGGCGGAGGGGGGCUGGCUGGCGCAGGGGGGCUGGCUGGCGCCCGAGGCCGGCGCUGGAGACGAGGCCCGCGCCGGGCGGCACAGAGAGCCGGCCGCCGGGUCGUAGGUGGCCUUGCGCGCUUUCCCCAGCCUAGCCCGCUUCACAGGGCCAGGGGUGUCGUGGAGGAGGUAGGGGCGCGGCGCGGCGCCGGGACUCCUCGGCUCCUCUCUGGCUGCUGGGCGCGCGUGGCCGGGGGGCUGUCCUGAGAGCGAGCGCCUCCUGCACUGCUGCGCUGGGCAGCUACAUCACUGCGCAGGGCCGCCCUUGUGCGGAGGGAAUGCGAGAGGCCCCCAGCAGGCACAGCAUUCUCUGGCUUGAAAAGCAGCGGCGGCGGCGGCGGCGGGGCUGUGGACUAGUUGACCCCCCUCCCCUCCCUUCCCGGUGUCGCACUUCCGAGCGGGUACAUUCGCUGCAGCUGCCACAGAGAGACCCGCCGCCUGCACUGCCAGACCAAGAGCACUGCUGGAGUCUUGCAGGGAGACAGACCAUCUCGUCCGACGCCGCCGCCGCUGCCUCCUCCUGGGCGGGGAAGAUUUCGCUCUGGCUCCUGCACUGGGGUCAGACCUGCCUGGCCCCCCCCUCCGUCUCCUCUCCCCACUGCCGCCGCCGCCGCCACCGCUGCUCCAGGGGCUGCGUUGGCGGCUCUCCCCUUCCCGGCGCCUCCGUCGUCCACCUCUCCUCUCUCUCAGGCUGUGGCGGCUCCCAGGCAGGCUGGGCUUGUGCCUUCAGCUCCUUCCCCAGCUCUGCUAUGCAUGCUCUGUGAAGCAGCGUUUGGCAGGGGCACAGCAUUUGCUUUGACCGAUCCCGUUCUCCAAGUCUGUGCCACCUCCUGGACCCCAGAAGGCAAUGUCCCAAGAAGGGGCCUCUACUCGCAAGCAGAAACAUGUGGGGAAAGGCCAGGGGAGCAUUCAAGCCAUUGCUGGGGGUGCCAGCAAGUGCCCCAGGUCGUUGGGCUCUUGACCACAGGCAGAGUUGCCUUGUCUUCUGGCGAACUUCCAUUGUGGUCAUCAUCAUCAUCAUGAGCUCCGGCCGCAGCACCAAAGUCCGUGGAGGCUGGAGACAGGGCAGUCGGUAUUUGUAGGACCGCAGAGGCACCAUCGCCCUCAAGAUACACCACGUUCCUUUCCGGCAAGCAAGUGAUGAGGCUAUUUGAACCACCUCCUGAUACUGUGAAAAACCACCCACCCCUGCCAGGCAUUGGGUGCCUCUUGUGAAAUGCCUACUUCAUUGCUUUUAUUUCCAGCCGUCAGCAUGUCUUCAGAGGCCUUGGAAUUUGGGAUUCAUCUGAAAAGGCAAGCAAUGGCCCUGUUUGUGAGGAGGAGUGCUUGAAGAGGCUCCAUUGAGAGCUGAGCCAUGCCUUGGAAGUCCUUCAGCCUCCCGUGAAAGGGAUUCCUGGUGCUUCACAGCUUCUUUCACUCUCUUAGCUGGUUCGAGAGAAAGCAACUGCAACAACCUGUCACCUGCACCGUUGGCAAAAGCUGUGGAUUCAUCAAGGGGCCAUUGUGUGUCCUAGGCUAGGGGUUUUUUCGGUCCCUUGCCCAUUCUUCGACCGCUUUGGGCUUCUCCACCUUCUUAACAGCAUGCAGAGCAUUGGGCAGCUGCCCUGCUUCCCAGGAAUCCAUCCAUGAGGGCGUAGAAAGCCAGUUCUGAAGAGAUUUGCCUGGAAACCAAACCUACCCAACCCAGCAGUGGUCACGUCUCUCACCUCUGAGCCAGCCGGCUGCUUAGGGGGCUGCUGACCUGGCGUCCUGCUGCUCGCUGGCUCUUACUUUGGGGUUGGGGUUAGAGUUGGGGAGAGGGAGAUGCUGCCACACAGAAAUGGAGCUCCUCCCUCUCUCUCCUCCAGUGGUUGCUUUCCACGUUUCCUCUAGCCCCUCAUGUGUAUGUCAUGACGCCAGAUGUAGCCCCCCCUCAAUUGGGAGGCAAGUGAGGGGAUGAGACAGGGUGGGAGUGACCCAGACCCUGGAUGGCCCCUAUGCUGCUGCCCCCACCUCCACCCACAGCAGGAGGACCAGGGAACCAGAGACAUCACCCCACCGCAGUCUGAGGACAUCACUCCGCCUUCCUCCUCGGACUCAGAGGAAUCCUUCCGGGAGCUGCUGCCAGCCCCAAUAGAGCCUCCACCUCCCAGCACCACUGGAGUCAGUGCUUAGAAAACCAGGCAAGGCCCCUUAAGAACAACAGAGCCUUCCCCAGGGAAGGGAAGGGGUGGGGCCUCUCCCUCCAGGAGCAGCUCUCAAGCCAGCAGUCAGCUCCAGGCAUCCUCUGGGGCAACCGUCUAGCUCAUGCUUGCUGUGCCUCGCUCUCUUGAUGGACUGCUUGGAGGUAUCCAAGGUGCUCCCCUUGGAAAGCUAUCCCUCCCCCCCCCCCGAAGCUGAACAGCACAUCACAAAAGUACAUGAGCAGAACCCAGUUCCAUGCCCCAAGGAGCAUGCACUCUAAACUGAAGACGGAGGUGAGGAGAGGAAGAGGCCAAGGGCAGAAAGUGAUGGAGAGGCUGGAGGUGCUUCCUCAUCCUCCGAAAGGUCAGCUGCUUGCAACGGUCCCCACCGAAUAUGCCGCUGAAGGGGAUGGGAUGUUUGAUGUGGUGCUCGAAGAAAUGGUUGCCUGGGCUCCUGGUGGCCAUCACUGGCGUGUGCAUGGGGUGGGAGCACAAGGCCCAUGGGGGCUAGCCUUGUGGCCAGCCAGGGGCCUGCGGGGGGGAAGGGGGCUGCCUUGCAAGGCGCGAGGGGCAGGAGGGGCUGGGGUGAGGAGCCCCACAUCACACCGUCUGGGCUGGCCAUAACUUUGGGAAGGGCACGUCGCUUCCCCACCUGUCUCGAAAAGCCAGGAUGCCAGAGACACUUUCUGGAGAGCAGCUGCUGGGGAAAGGAGGCUAGUGCCAGGCUUGGCCAAGCGGGGAGAAGACCAGCGGUUGUCACGCAUGGUUACAUCCGGCGAGUCCAAAUCCGGGGCCACUGGGAGGUGUGAGAACUCCCCCCACACACACCUGGCAGGAUGAUGCAGGUUGUCUCUCCCCCCCCCUGCCGCCUGCCGGUUACAUCCCCACUGUGGCAACUUCCCAUGUGAAAAACGUGUGUGUCUGAACUGGGGAGGAAAACACCAGGGGCUGAAUGCCAGCUCUGCGGACCCAUCACCGGCAUCACCGGUAGGCUCUCUCCCUGCUUUGGGCACCAGGUGAACGACCCCUGAUGGCUCCACUGAAUAGCCCCCGAGCCGCCCUCUCGUUCCCUCCCUGGGCAAAUAUCAGGCCGCUGACCUGGCUGGGAGGAUGAGGCAGCCUGUUUCCAAGUGACAGGGCAAUGGGCGGAGCCUGUCUGAGCCCCCCCCCCCACCUGGCCGCUUUGGGACAACCUGGGCAUGGCCUCCCUCUUGGGCCUUUCCAUUCGGCACAUGCGCCCCAAGUGAGAGCACGGCUGUGUUUGCUCAGAGCGCGCGCGCGCAUGCACGCACACACACACACACACACACACACACACACACACACGGCUUUCUGCUGUGUGCUUGUGGCUCAGGAACAGGAAGUGGCCGUCUCUUUCAUGAGCCACUCUGCGUCCGUCCCCAGGAGCGGAACUGCAGCCUGCUGGCGGAGCAGACAAUGCCCUGGUUGUGCAGCUCCCAAGUCUGGGCUCUGGUCCAGCUGGUGGCUCUGGGGUGGGGGUGGGGGGCACUUCAGCCGCCCAGAUCUCCUCCUCAGUAGACAUGGCAGCAUCCGGAGGGCCCUUGUGUGGUGCUGAGCAGGGCAGGAUUCAGGAGGGCAACACCGUCCUUUUUGUUUGAGCCCGGACAGCAACAGUGCCAGAGUGGAAAGAUGGCACAUUAGUGUUGGAGGCGGCUGGCCAGGGAAGCCAGCAAGGCUGAUUCAUGGCAGGUGCUUCUGCAAGUGGACACACCCUUGGAAGCCCACCAUCGAGACUGUGGUCAAGAAAGGAAGGGGGCUCUGCAUCUCGGGAGGGGAGCAGGGCCUUGCUGGGUUGGACCAUCGGGCCCAGUGUCCUGCUUUCAGCCCUGUGCCUCUGGCUACACACGGUCAGGUCAGGACACUGUUGGCAUCUGGGGACCUAAGGUCUGCUUCCUGUGUACAUGGAGGUUCUCUUUGGCGGUCACGACCGAAACCCACCGAUAGGCAGAUCUCUCCUGCGAGGGGCCAGCUUGGGGCAGAGAAGUCUGUCCGUGAAUUCUGUGCUACGUGGAGAAGUGAACAAGCUCCCUCCCAGCCCAGGGUCCUUCUUGUCGGCCAGGGAUAGAGUGCCAGUUGUGGCCUGGGGGCCCCCCUCCUCCUGCCAGUGUGCCUUCCAGCCCUGUCCAGGCAGAGAUGCUGCCAGGAUAGGCAGGCCCCUGAAAUGCUGGGCCGAAACGGGUCACCUCCUCACCCAGAUGACUCUCGGUGGCACAGUGGCACUCGAGAGCUCCCUCCGUUCUGCUGGGGAGGGAAUGGUCAUGAGCGCAUGAGACUGGAACAAGAAACCAGCCCCCCCCCAAGGAGCGGCCAGCACUUCUAUGUGUGGAGGACCUGCCCACAAAACCAGCCCCCCGGGGCGGAAAUGCUGCCAUCCUCAGGGAAGGCCAAGGGGCCGGCUGCCCAGUAUUUCAUGCAUUUGUGUGCCCCUGUUUAGCUCCUGGCACGAGAGGCCCUUCUGCGAGCCUGCCUCGAAGGGGGAGCUACAGACCAUUCAUGAAAGGUGCCAAUGCUGCCUGAGUAGUUGGCCCAAUCCAGACCACCCUAACCCUGCGUGACAACAAGCUGACAGAAUUGGGUCCGUGCGCCUCUCCGCUGACUGCCACACACCUUGGCUCCUUGGCACAGAGCCUGCAUGCAGACACGGUGGGCCCUCCCCCCCACUCCUAGGGUUAAUUGCCCAAGGAAGUUAAUGACGAAUCACGUGAAAGUGCCCAACUGUGCUGGACAUUGUAUUGGGACCCAUUCAUUGGGUUGCCCCUGCUUCAGAAUGUUUCAUGUAACCCCAGCUAAAUGAGCCAAGAGGCACCUUUUCAAAGGGGUGAUUCCUUUUAUUGAGCAGGGGGAGAGCAACUGGCCCUACCUGUCCCCAGCACAGCAUCCCUCCAGUGGCUGUUGCUGGUGUCUAUCCUGUGUUUCUUUUUAGAAUGUGAGCCCUUUGGGGACAGGGAGCCAUCUCACUCAUUCAUUCAUUCAUUCUCUAUGUAAACCACUUCUGUUGAAAAGUUUCGUUCAAAUGUUUGUUGAAAAGUGGUACAUAAAUAUUUGUUCUGGUUGA